CCCUUUUCAACUCUCUUUCUUCCUUCCUCACACCAAUCCUUUUUUUUCUUCGUUCAUUUGAUAUUGUUCUCUCCCUUUAUUUCCCUCCCUCCAAACACCCUUUUUCCUCUUCCUUCCUUUGAUACAAUCUCGACCCAGAUUUUGUUUGGUUUGGUUUUUGAUGGUUCAUGUGUUGGAAUUGAAAUGGGAAUGAUGCCCAUAAAGGAAGCAUGAGCAAAAACCCCAUUGAUAACAAUAACAACCAGAAAGACCAGGAAUCGACCCAAGAAGAAGAAUCUAAAGAAGUAAACGAAAGUCAAGGGGAAGAAGUGGUCGAAGUAAACGAAGAAGAAGAAGAAGAAGAGUAUUUCUACGAAUCCCUUGAUCGCAUUGCUUCUUCUAAUUCUUGUUCCUGUUCUAACUCAACUUCACCUUCUUCCGACUCGGAUUCCGACCCAAUUACCCGUUCCAGCAAUGCCCGCCACCCAUUCCCCGUCCCGAAAUUCCCCAUGGCCGUUUCCAAGUUUGACAUCUGGAUCUCCGAACCCGCCUCCGUUUCCGAAAGAAGAAGCCGGCUGCUCCGUGAAAUGGGACUCAGCCGCGACCCGGGUCUUUCCCGGACAAGACUCGGCUCGGAAACGGAAGUGGGUCCGGUACAAGAAUUGGGUGCUGGCGAUGCUAGAGGGAGAGGACUCGAGUUUGAGAGAAGAUCAGUUUCGUCGGAUCGUUUGGUAAAAAAAGAGUUAGAGGGGCAAGAUCAUAGUUCUUCUGGAAUUGUACGAUCGAAAUCAAAUGGUGAUUGUAAUGAGCUUUCUGUUUCUUCUUCGAUUCUCUCCGUUGCUUUGUCUUUUGUAAAUAAUAAUAAUACUGAAUGCGAUCGUAUUAAUGUUGCGGCUCCUAACUUAAGAACCUGUGAAAGCAAUGGAUCUAUGUGUAAUAAGCCGCCCACUGGGCGGAGUAGCAAGAGUAUGAAUGGGGAACUUGGGUCUAAAUCAUUUGAUGGCGGAGAUGCGAUGGCGGAGAAUCCCAGUGAACAAGUGUGUACCAUUAAGAACCUUGAUAAUGGAAAAGAGUUUGUAGUGAAGGAGAUUAGAGAAGAUGGGAUGUGGAACAAGUUGAAGGAAGUUGGGACCGGGAGGCAGUUGACCAUGGAGGAGUUCGAGAUGUGCGUCGGGCAUUCGCCUAUAGUUCAUGAACUGAUGAGGCGGCAGAAUGUGGAAGAGGGUAAUAAUAAGGAUAGUGCAGAUUUGAAUGCCUAUGGUGCUGCUGCUGCUGAUGUUUCCAAGUUUAAGAAGAAAGGGGGUUGGUUUAAGAGCAUGAAGAGUGUUGCUGGUAGUGUGACCGUGAUGGGUCAUAAGGAAAGGCGUAGUAGCGAUGAGAGGGAUACGGCAUCGGAGAAGGGUGGGAGGAGAUCAAGUUCGGCACCGGAUGAUAGCCAGGAUGUUUCGUUUCAUGGGCCAGAGCGAGUGAGGGUGAAGCAGUAUGGGAAAUCAUGUAAAGAACUCACUGCUCUUUACAAAAGUCAAGAGAUUCAAGCCCACACUGGGUCUAUUUGGAGCAUUAAGUUUAGUUUGGAUGGAAAAUACCUUGCUAGCGCUGGUGAGGAUCGUGAAAUUCAUGUGUGGAAGGUAGUUGAGUCGGAGAGGAAAGGGGAAUUGUUGAUGGAAAAGGCCGAUGAUGUGAAUUUGAACUUUCUGCUUGUGGCUAAUGGAUCUCCGGAAACAACUCUAUUGUCCCCAAUUUCGGAUCACCAUCCUGAGAAUAAGAGAAGAGGAAGGUCGUCUAUAGGCCGAAAGUCAUUGAGCUUGGACCACAUUGUGGUGCCAGAUACUGUUUUUGCGCUUUCAGAUAAACCUUUUUGUUCUUUUCGAGGACAUUCCGAUGAUGUGCUCGACCUCUCAUGGUCCAAAUCUCAGCAAUUGCUCUCAUCUUCAAUGGACAAAACAGUGAGGCUUUGGGACUUGAUUAGCAAGACUUGUUUGAGAAUAUUUUCACACAGUGAUUAUGUAACUUGCAUCCAGUUUAAUCCAGUUGAUGAUAGAUACUUCAUUAGUGGAUCACUAGACGCUAAAGUACGCAUAUGGAGCAUUCCUGAUCGUCAAGUCGUCGAUUGGAAUGAUCUGCAUGAAAUGGUCACUGCUGCUUGUUAUACACCUGAUGGCCAGGGUGCACUGGUUGGCUCAUACAAAGGAAGCUGCCGCUUAUACGAUACUUCAGAGAACAAGUUACAACCAAGAAGUGAAAUCAAUUUGCAGAACAAAAAGAAGAAAUCUCAUCAUAAGAAAAUUACAGGUUUCCAGUUUGCACCUGGAAGUUCAUCGGAAGUACUCAUCACAUCAGCAGAUUCUCGAAUACGUGUUGUUGAUGGAUCUGAUUUAAUUCACAAGUUUAAAGGAUUUCGGAACACAAACAGCCAAAUCUCAGCUUCUGUUACGGCAAACGGAAAGUAUGUUGUCUCUGCUAGCGAGGACUCUUAUGUUUACGUGUGGAAACAAGAAGCAGAAUCACGGCCUAGCAGAAACAAAGGAGUCACCAGAACAUUUUCUUAUGAACAUUUUCACUGUAAAGAUGUAUCUGUGGCCAUCCCUUGGCCAGGCAUGGGUGACACAUGGGGACUUGGAGAUUCUCAGUUGAAUGAUCAAAAUUCUUUUGAGGACCAUAUAAACAAAGUUUCAACAGCCAAUCAUCCUCCUACACCCGUUGAGGAGUACAGUGGAAAUGAGGGUUUGUUAUCAGCAUCUGGGUGCACCAAUAGCCCUCUCCACGGAAUCAUUUCUAGUGCAACCAAUAGCUACUUCUUCGACAGAAUCUCGGCUACGUGGCCAGAGGAGAAGCUUCUUUUCGCAACUCGGACCAGGAGCCCCAAGAUCAGUGUGGACUUCUCCCCUGGUGUAAACCCAAACAUCUCAGCCUGGGGUAUGGUGAUUGUGACUGCCGGACUACGAGGUGAGAUCAAAACUUUCCAAAAUUUUGGAUUGCCGGUUCGAAUCUAACGAGCUUAAGAAAGAAAAUGGUAGGGAACAUCAAGGGCCAUUUGGUGAACUCGUGUACAGAGAGUGAGUUAUUGGUUGCGAUUAGUAAUAUUAGCUGAGUUUCAUUCCUUUCUUUGUGCCUCUGCUCAUUGGGCGUGGGAGAAAUGGAAAAACCACUCCAUUUGAGCAAUGAGGAAAGUAUAGAUUUUGUUCAGAGAAAAAAAAACUACACCAUGAAUUUAGAUACAGAUGUAUUUUCUGAUAUCAGAAAUUGUAGAGUUAAGAUGAUAGGGCGAAAAGCCUAUUGAAUUGAAAAUGAAAUUCUUUUACAAUUCGUUUUCUUCA